AUGUCACAAAAAACUAUCCUCAUCACCGCGGCCAACGGCACUGUUGGAAGUAGCCUAGCUGCAUUACUCUUAGAUCAAGGCUUCAACGUUCAUGCUUUGGUGAGGAAUACCGAGUCAACAAUGGCUCACGACCUCAAGAAGCGUGGAGCCAAGAUCUUCAAAGGCGACUUCAGCGAUAUUUCGUCACUUCAAAUAGCAUCUCAAGGAAUCUGGGGUGUAUUCAUCAAUGGCUUUCCAGUUCAUGGUACGAUGGAUGAACUUACACACAACCAAAAUGUCAUCAAAGUUGCCAAAGAAGCUGGAGCCAAAUUCGGAGUAUACAUGAGCGUGAUGAUGGCAGGGCGCAAAGAUGAUAUUCCGGGUAUGAACCCGCAACGUAACAGUUAUAACUAUUGGGAGUCUAAGUCUGGUUCUGAGAAGGCACUUCGAGAAGCUGGUUUUGACUAUUGGACAAUUCUUCGACCUAGUACUUUCAUCAGUAAUUUCUUUGGACGUUUCGCCGCUUACAUUUAUCCGACCUUGCAAAAGCAACACCUUAUCUCUUCACCAUUUGAGCCUUCGUUUGAGCAAUCGUUCAUUGAUCCUGAAGAUAUUUCCAAGUUUGCCGCUGCCGCUUUUGCUAAUCCCGAUACUUUCAAUGGUGAAGCCAUUGAACUUUCUAGCGAACAAAUUACGCUGAAGGAUGUUGGAGUCCUUAUUACUGAUAUUGUUGGCAUUCCAAUCGCAGUUGAGCAUAUCCCGAGAGAAGAGUACAUUGCUCGCGGCUUACCGGAUCAAACGGCUGAAUGGUAUGACUGGGCCAAGGCAUUGGAUUUCCACAUUGACUAUGAGCGCAUGGAACAAUUUCCUGUUAAGCGUAACACCGUUGCAGAUUAUCUGAAGAGAAACAAGGGAUAUAUAACUGAUUUUUUGUCUCAGUAA